AUGCACAUGUGUCAUGGACAAUAUUUCGACCAUGCAUUUGAUUUGUCAUUUUAAUGGAUUUGUUAACAAAGAUUAAAAAAAGGUUAAAUAAUGCAAUUUUUUCAAAAUACAAAAGGAUAUCCUAAAAAAAGAAUGGACGCUGAACGUGAAAAACAUUAAUUGUUUUAAAUCGUCUAAAUAUGAUGACGUAACGGAGGUUCCCCACAUGUCCCACAGAGGAGACUGGGUGUGCACGCUGUGCAGGACUGACCAGGACCCCUCGGAGACCUACGACUGUGAGGACCAGCCCACCUGUGGGGGAGUCAAGGCCCCGUACACCCUGUCCCACCAGGACCAGAGGAGGUGUGAGAAGCUGACUCUCCUGUUGUACUGUCACACGCUCAGCGCACCGUUCCACGAACCCGUCAGUGCCCUGGCCCGAAACUACCACCAGAUCAUCAAGAGGCCCAUCGACCUGUCGGUGAUCCGCAGGAAGUUGGACGAGAGCAACACGCUCCACUACUUCACCGCUGAGCAGUUCGUGGACGACGUCUUGCUGAUGUUCAGGAACUGCGCCACGUUCAACUACCCGGACUCGGAGGUGGCUCAGGCCGGGCGAAGCCUCGAGCAGUUUUUCAGGAGUCGACUCACGGAGGUUUUCCCCGACCGGACGUUCCCGUCGACCGGCCGGAAUCGAACGGACGGCGCUCGCCUGCGGCGGCUCUGCAGGAAGAGGAGGGAGAACUUCAGGAAGAGGAGAUACGUAUUUAGUGGGAAGAAAUACUACCUGUAACUGUAAAUGCUGACCAAGCGUCUUUUUUUGUGCUCGCCACAUAUUUAUCGGUGGGACAUUUACAGCUGGAGGGCCCCCACCCUCCACCUGCUCCACUAAAUAUAUGAAGGACCCUUUGUCUGUCUACCCAGAAGCCACCUGGGCUGUAACCUGAUUUACAUGCCGACGAGCUACAGCUGUGACAUGAAGAAAAUUAACUCCAACUCAUAAUGUUAAAUAUUCCAUCUCACUGCGGCCGGUAGAUACUCAAUAAAGUUAGAAAAUAUAUAUAUAAUCUGGAGUCUUAAUUCUUAUAUAUGGCCUUUUUGGUCAUUAAUAAUAUUAAAAUAAUGUGUACAAUAGAGAAUAGAUCACUCCCUCGUUAUACAUUGUUUUAUUUUAGUUUUAUCCUAUGUUUUACAGUUCUUGCUCUAAAUAUGUAUAACUAAAAUGAGAAUCAUGUACAAAUCUGCACAUGUAAUGUCAAUAUUAUUUACGUAAUCUAAAAUACACACUGUCUUUGACUUUUAUCAUUCCUGUAACGUUGUGCAUAUUAUAAAUUAAUGUCACUGA